UCUGCCUGUUGCAAACUGAAGGUAGACUGGGAGUGAUGGGAGCAACCUGGAUCUCAUGGGGAACCACUACAACUGUCAUCAUUACUAUACUACAAAUCCAAGCUCGGAUCAAUAUCAAAACCACAGCUGUGGAAGGCCAGAGAUUUGACUUCAGAUGUAAAUAUAAAGACGGCCAGCAGAACAAUACCAAGUACUUCUGCUAUGACAAUGAUGAGAAUGAUGACAAAAUGUCCUUCGUCUGCCCGAUACGGAGACAAAACCACGACCAGUGGCAUAAAGACGGGCGUUUCUCUCUGUACGACAACACCACCGGGGCCUUCGUCAUCGUCAGGCUGGACAACCUCACCUCAGAGGACAGCGGGACGUAUCGGUGUGGGGUGGACGUCGACCUGCCCCCUGACCAAUUCAGUUUCAUAGAACUGAAUGUUUCCCGAGUUACUGCAUCACCCAUCUUUCCGGUGGACGUCCCACUGAACAAGUUCCACCUGUCACUGUUUAUGACUGCAGCGAUGUGCAUGGCAGCCAUGUUGUUCAUAUGCCUGUUCACGCUUUGUCUUUGGCUGGUUGUUCAACACCGCAGACCUGGCCCGCGCCAGGAUAGAGAGACAUCAUCGGACUAUGAGACAAUGAUGCCUGGUGUAAGAACUGAAGCUGAACUGUGCUGCAGCUCUUUGGCUCCAGACUGCGCUGAUCUUUCUGCUUUACCACCACCACCUGACUCCUGCUCCCACUUCACAUCAAAGCAUCGGGAGUCCACUGUCACUCUCGGCCUCAAUGGAAAUGAAGAAGUGGAUGUACCAAAGCACAUCGGCCAGUACCAACAUCUGGAUCUGAGCCAGCUGGAGGAGCAUGUCUACCACAGCCUUAAAGGACUCAGCGGUCCUAAAGAUGGACCUCUGGUCAAAGAGCAGAUCAACUGUUGAUGGAUAAUUUCACGUUAAUUACAUCCGACAGAAAGUCAGUAACUUCCUUGUUAACCUUUGUUUUUUUGUUGCUGUGUUGAUCUUGAGAUAUAUGUAAAUAUUAUUGAUAAGAAAGACCAAAAUGGCAACAUCAAGGUUGUAAUAAACCAAAAUGAUCGUUCAUUGUGAGUUGAAUGGGCGUUGGCCAAUUUGAAGGUUAGCAAUAAAGGAUCUUUUGUAAGUCAAGUAAUUAUUAGUUAUUACAAGUAAUGUUCAGUCAUUCCUAGAGGAAAUCGUUUUGGACAGCUAUAAAAAGACUGAAAGAAACAGCAGUUUGAAAAGGACUCUCAACUCAAGCUGUCGAGAGUUGAAGAAAUCCACGAAGAGGAGCAUACUGGAAGCUUUAAGCUCCGUCUCUCGCUUUGCUUUCUGAUAUAAUUCCCCAAAAUAAACCAAGUGGUAAUAUC